UGAUGCGCUGCGUGGUUAACAAUGUAAUCUCGUUAAUCCAUGACGAAUCUGUUUCCGUCCAACAAGCUAUGGCUAGCACGCUAUAGCUAGCUAAACCGACGCUCGUCAAGCUGCUCCUCGCGUUUGUUAACAUCACCGCUAAAAAUUUUUUGCUUAUUUUUAUUUAUUUGAUCGUACACAUGUUGGCUCGCGACGCCGCCAAGCAUCAUCAUAUAGUUCCGUUUACCUUUCGCUCCUCAUAGAUGGAAUAUGUUCUAAAUCUCGGUUUCGGGGUCGACAGCCGAAUCAGAGGCAUCCGCUGCAGAGGCAGUUGUUCCGCCGCCGCUGAGCCAAACUGCAUCGCGCCGCGGAUGACACACAAAAGCAGACCAGGCGAGGAGGAGCGCUUGUUUCGUGUCACAGCGUCGGCCGCCCAAGAUCUCGUCCCUCUUGGUUUAUUCGUUCGAACGCUACUUAAAACCACAGACAAGUAAAGAGUUGCCAACAUUACGCCGGUGCGUACUGUGCUGCUGUUCAUAAAAGCAGUUCACCCAAAUACGGAUCUAAAACAUAGAACCAACCUUUGUGAAAUUAAAAUCACAAAAUUUACUCCACAUCAAGACACAUAUGGAGCAUACACUCAAGAAGUAGAGACCACCCAUCAUCUGGGUGAGACCUGGAUUCUCUUGCCCAACCCCUAAUUUUUGUUUUGUGUUGAAGUCAUGACUAAUGUCAACAUCACCAGAGAUAUCCUGCACAGGCAGAUCCGGGACAAGAGCGCAUCAGGCUUUCAAAGGUUCUAUCAUGUGACCGACCCCUUCAUCAAGAGACUUGGCCUGGAGGCUGAGCUUCAGGGCCACACAGGCUGCGUGAACUGUUUGGAAUGGAAUGAACAUGGAGAUCUGCUGGCCUCAGGCUCGGACGAUCAACAUGCUAUCAUCUGGGAUCCGUUCAGACUCAAGAAGCUUACUACUAUGCACACAGGCCAUGCAGCAAACAUAUUCUCUGUUAAGUUCCUCCCUCACUCCGGAGAUAGAAUUUUGAUAACUGGCGCUGCGGACACUAAGGUCCACGUGCAUGACCUGACGGUGAAGGAAACCAUCCAUAUAUUUUCUGAUCAUACCAACAGGGUUAAACGCAUCGCCACAGCGCCAAUGUGGCCCAACACCUUCUGGAGUGCCGCGGAGGAUGGCAUCAUCAGACAAUAUGACUUGCGGGAGAGCAGUAAACGCUCAGAGGUGCUGAUUGACCUGACAAAGUUUUGUGGUCAGCUGGUGGAAGCCAAGUGUUUGGCUGUCAACCCACGGGACAACAACUACAUGGCCGUUGGGGCCAACGGUCCCUUUGUACGUCUCUAUGACAUUCGGAUGAUUCACAACUGUAGGAAAUCACUAAGCCAGUACAAGCCAUCUGCUGUGCGCACAUUCUUAGAAAAUCAGAAGCCCAUCCCAGACAAAGCUGUGCAGUAUUACGCUGCAGGUCACCUGUCAGUGAACCUGAGUGACUACAAUAACCGCCUGAGGGUCUUGGUGGCCACUUAUGUCACUUUCAGUCCAGAUGGAACUGAGUUACUUGUCAACAUGGGUGGGGAACAGGUGUAUCUGUUUGACCUGACAUCUAAUCAAAGGCCAUACACUUUGCUGCUUCCACAAACGUGGCAAUCAUCACCAGGAGAUUUGCGGAAUGGGAAGACGACCAAUGGCGUCUCCAAUGGAAUUCAUUUGCCAGCCAGCCAUAUUGGAUUUACCCAAAGCAAGAUGCAACUGAACUCCACUGAUCUUCCUCCACAUUUGGAAAAGCUCAAACAACAAGCAAAUGAUGCAUUUGCACGGCAGCAUUGGACACAGGCCAUCCAACUCUACAGUUUAGGAAUUCAGCAUUCCAGCUCUAACGCCAUGCUUUAUGGAAACCGGGCUGCAGCCUACAUGAAGCGGAAGUGGGAUGGAGACCACUAUGACGCACUCAAGGACUGUCUAAAGGCACUGACUCUAAACCCCGAACAUCUGAAGGCUCAUUUUAGGCUUGCACGGUGUCUCUUUGAGCUCAAGUAUGUGUCUGAAGCACUGGAGUGCCUCGAUGAUUUCAAAGAAAAGUUUCCGGAGCAGGCGCACAGCAGUGCGUGCGACGCAUUGGAUAAAGAUAUCAAGGCCUUCUCCUCAAAGACAGAAUCAGGAGAAGAGUCCAACAGCUCUCUCCGAUUCCAUUCGUUUAGCUGGAAGGACCCCAUCCUUAAGGAUGAGUUGGUUUUUAGAGAGAAAAGCUUGGACUACAAGCACAGAUACUGUGGUCACUGCAACACCACCACAGAUAUUAAAGAAGCCAACUUCUUUGGAAGCAAAGGCCAGUACAUCGUCAGCGGGUCAGACGAUGGCUCGUUUUUUAUAUGGGAAAAGGAGACGACAAAUCUAGUGCGUAUCAUGCAGGGAGACGAGUCCAUAGUCAACUGCUUGCAGCCUCACCCCAGCUACUGCUUCCUGGCCUCGAGUGGUAUUGACCCCGUGGUUCGAUUAUGGAACCCUAGACCAGAGACGGAGAGUGAAAAUGGACGCGUGGUAGAGGACAUGGAAGGUGCCGCUCAGGCCAACCAGCGGCGAAUGAACGCGGACCCGCUGGAGGUUAUGCUGCUCAACAUGGGCUAUCGUAUCACAGGAUUGCGUGGCGUAGGCCCAGACGGCUCUGACGACGACGACAGCUCAGAUGGACAAGUGCAAUGUAGACCGAGCUAAGACAAGCUGACGGCCAUUCUGUAGAAUGGAAGUAGGAAGCAAUGCGCUGCGCCCGUUUCUGUUUGAGUCCUAAUUUGCCCUCCUUUCCGACAGAGACACCAGGGUAUCACGUCACAUAUCAACACUAUGCAUUGCCCUUAUCCUCUGAGGGCUGGUGGAGAUCUCUGCAGUGGGAGAAAGUCAUAUGAGUGUAGAGAGGCCAUUUUAAACCACACAUGAGCCUCUCAACUCACCCUGUGUUUCCAGGCAGACCUCCCUCAGGUUUAUGUUGGGUGUUUAAGGAGAAAUGCCCAAUGACCUAUUUUCAUGUCAGUGUGGCCCCGCAGUGGCAGUGACCUCGGUGGAGGAGAAUAUCACAGUUGAAGGUGCUUUGUUGCAUCUCUUGUUUGCCCUCCUGCAGUGUGCGCUCAUUGCAGAAAAGAUGCACCAGCCGGCUUACUGUGUGGAGCACGUCUUUUCAUUUGGAGUUUUUGAAACCUAGAAUGAAAUGUCAUUCUUCUGGUGAAAGUUGCAUGUUGCAAGGAUAUGGACGAGCUUGGUAUUUAGUUAACAAGCCUGGAAAAAGUUUUCUUCUGCCAAAGUUUGCCCUCCAUCAGUCAAAUGGCCAAGGAUUUUUUUUUUUUUUUUUUUUUUUUUUUUUUUAGUCCCGAAGGGGGGUGGUUUCAUUUGAUUCGUUUAGUCAGAGUCAAAGUCCUCUUGAUCUCAAAUGCAAUUUAGUGUGAAAAUGUUUUUUGUCUAACUUGGACACGCUAAUUUUGAGGAUAUGAUAAACCAAGUAUAUUUGGUGACAACUGUUGUGUCUCUACCACUCAUCCUUGGCUAAUCUUCACUUAGAUGCCCAUAAACUGAAUACAUGUUAAUGAAUGCAAAAGUAGGCUUCCGUGUGUUUUACUUUGUUCAUUGAUUUCAGUUGUUUCUCUUUGAGGACUCAUGUAGUCACAUUUGUUGCAAACAGAGAAAUAAACUUUAAAUAAUCAUUAAA